AUGGACGAACCUGAAUUAAGAAGACCAAAGCCUUAUAAGAUACUCGAACAAGUGAUGGUAGAGUUGUCAAAACUUGACUAUUUUAACUAUUUCAGAAUCCCAUAUGGCCGAAAGCCAAUCCUUAUCCCUGAUUCUUUUACCGCAAAUAUAAACUCACGUUGCUACUUAGAUUGCGCCAAUACCAGCCCUUCUAUUUCUAUCGUCAUCUCAAACAAAAAGUCAGACAAGCCUUACAAGAAGCUAAAAUUAAGUUAUGAUGUCGACGAUUUUCUUACUCCAGCCAAAAAAAAAAAUUGUAAAUUAAGAUUGGAAUGAAAUUCAUAAGUGAGAAAAAAAAUUAUGUUUAUAUAAAAAUAAUAUUCUAAUUAUGCUUAUAAUGAAAUUUCAGCUAAGUUUUUACUUUAGCAGUAUAAAAAAAAUAUUUUUUAUUGAUUAAAUGAGUCAAAAGAUCGCAAAUUAAAAAGUAUAAUAGGCCAAAAACACAAAACCUGUUGCUUACUAUUGAGGGAGCUAGCAUUAAGUCUUUUAAGCUAGAAGAUGACCCAAUUUAUGUGUCUAAUUAUUUAGAGUAUGAGGAAUGCCAUUUACAAAGUCUAGAUGACCUUUAUUUCAAUGUUAUCACAAAUUGUUAUUUUUCCAUUUCUCAGCUGAAAAAUGACUUCGUGAAACUAAUGCUGAAAAAAUUAUUCACAUUAUAAUCACAAUGAAUUAGCUAUAAAUGCCUUUUAUCUAAUUUUUUAUAAAAAACAGGGAUUUAAUUAUAAAAACAAGCAAUUAAAAUAGUCAUAGAGAAUAAAAUCAGCUAGGAAUAUAGGUGAGAAAAAGUAUAAAUAAAACAUAAUGAACUUUAUUUGAUAAAUAAACAGAUAUAAUAUAUUUAUAUAGUUAAUAAAUAUGGUAUAUAUUAAUGAAUUCUGAAACGAAGCAAGUAUAAGGUUUAAAAGGUAUGAAAAAGAUUUAAAAAUCCUUCUAAAAGAUGAAUGGAAAAGCUUAAUUAGCGACAAUCCCAACCCCAAAGUAACUGGAAACUGGCAUCGGGCACCUUAUAAAACUCGUGAAUAUAAAGAAAUUUCUGAUUAUGAGCCUGUUGCUGGAGGCUCCACCACUGAUAGGUUAAAAACUGACAAAAAGGGCUGCUGUAAUGGGAAACAUUGCUCAUCCUUAGAAGCUUUAGGCCCAUUUGACUUAGUCACCGGAACCUGGAAAACUUUAAACAAGGACCGGCUUGCCCGCACAGAAUGUUCUGAGACCUGCCCAUGCGUAAAAAAUGGCAUCUGCAUGAACCGCCAAAUUUCUGACCAUCAAGAAAAGCAGCUCUGACUUGACGUCGUUGAAACCCCCACCUGGGGCUUUGACACCUACACCUAUCGCAACAUUUUCGUCUAUCUCCGGGUGCCAUUUGACCCUUAUUCCUAUUGUUUCAUUGACAAAGCUCUGCCAAAAGCUAUCAAUUCUGUAAAAUGAAACUCAUGGGACAUACGCGAAGCCUUAGAUUUGAUACUAAAAGACACCAGAGGAACUUUUAAUUUACUAGACAUGAAGUACGCGCAUGGGCUUUUAAAUGCAAUAAAUGCGUUAAUUGGGGUUUAUGGAGCUGAUGCUGUGCUUAAUGAAUUUAAAAUUCACCCAAAAGGCACUGGGGUGGUAUGCAUUAAUAGAGCAGGGAUCCCAGCCAAUUCUUUAGUGGUAGAAUACUCAGGGGAACUAUAUACGCCUGCAUUGUGGUUUGAAAAACAGGACGCUUUAAAAAACGCGAAUAAUACAAUGAAAAGGAGGGCAAAUGAUGCUGGGGAGUGUUUACCGGAUUUUUAUAAUAUUAUGAUAGAGAGGCAUAUGGACGACCCUGCAGGGUAUGAUGUGAUGGUGGUUGAUCCGAUUUUGAAAGGAAAAUAUGGAAGCAGACUGAGCCAUUCUUGUGCACCGAACUGUGGGACUGUAACUACAGUAGCUAACGGAAGAUAUACAAUAGGGAUGUAUGCGCUUAAGCCAAUUUCUUAUUUAGAAGAGCUUACUUUUGAUUAUAACUCGUUCACGGAAAGCAGGGACGAGCAUUUCAGCAGCAUCUGCUUGUGUGGGAGCUCUUAUUGCCGCCGGUAUUAUCUUUCUUUAUCUAAAAACUCUACAAAUUUCCACCCUUCCCAUAAUUUUGUCCAUCGCAUUGGGCUUAUUUUGCGUUCCUGCUAUACCCCGCGGUCAGAUAAACAUAUAGAGAUUUGCAAUAAAUUUUCAAUUAAAUCUGCAUUGCUUGAUGGCUGCCCUGAUUGGCUGGUCGUGUGAGUCGCUUUGGUGCUAGAAGUAGUCCAAGAAGAGCUGAAUUCGAAGCCAAAUGAAAUUGAGAAAAAAAUUGUCCUGGAUUCCAGGAUACAGAAUUUGGCAAUUACAAUAGAUAUACUUUAUAUAGAAGAAUAGCUGAUAAUUUUUAAUUGAAAAAUAGGGGAUUUUAUAUGAGAAAAAAUGUAUAUUUUAUAUAAAAAGACAUAAAAUAAAAUAUUGUAUGAGCAAUUCAAAUGAUCACCCUCCUAUGCAGCUGCUAAGUAAAAAGGAUGCAUUAGAUUAUAUAUGAGGAAACGAAGAGUACUCACUCCCCCCCCCCCCCUUUAAAUUGGAACUAAAAAUUUUGUUCCAAUUUAAAGGGGGGUUAAUUUUUUUUUUUAAAAAAAAAAUAUCAAUAUAAAAUUUUUUAUAAAAAUAUAUAAAAAUUAAAUAAAGCAAGGAAUAAGUAAAUUUUGAAAUUUUAUAAAGAAUUCCUAUUGAAUUUAUAUCAAAACUAUCCAAAUAAAAAAUAUCAUUUUUACCAAAAAAACAAAAAAAAAUUUUUAAAAAAAAAAACAUUAAUUUUUUUUUUAAAAUUUACCAAUUAAGGAUAAUAAAUUUAUUCAAAUAAGAUGCUCUUUAUACUUUUUCUUUAAAACAGAGCAAGAUAUAACUAAAUUUUUAAGUUUAGUUAAGAAGAAGCAUUUAACUUAUAUCAAAACUUUUUAGAUAAAAAUUAUAUAUAAUUUUUUAUUAUAAAAUUAAAUUUUGUUCCAAUUUAAAGGGGGUUAAUUUACCAAAAAAGUGGAAAUUUUACCGAUAUUUUGUUCCAAUUUAAAGGGGGGGGGAGUCAGUAAAACAAAGCUUGAUGAAGCUGACCCACGAGUUUCCAGGUCUAAACAGCCUUUUAGGAAAAGCGAACUCAUUAAAUCAAGCUAGAAAACAGUUACUAAAAAUCCGUGAUCUCCUCAGAGCACAUGCCCCAAGCCGCUGAAUUGGCGCAGGGAUUGCUGAUAUUCUCCACCUUAUCGCUUAUACCCAGCUUUUCUUCAGAGACAUCCCUUACGCUUCUUUUGAGUCGCAAGAAAUCCACAUCCGCCCAGGCGAAAUUUCUCGAAAUUCUAAAUUUGACUCAGAAAAACUGACCAAAAAAUAUUCUCCAUUGCAUAUCCAAGGGAUUAUGGCAGGCUGGUUCAAGCAAUCUGUAGAGAAGCCACACGCGUCCCUUUCUGCUGACAAGCGAGGAGCAAUUACACUGUCAUCACUAGAAAGUUUGCCUGAAAUGGAAUAUAAUGAGGAGCUUAGGGGAAAAUUAAUAAAGCAUCUGCAAGAGAAGCCAGCGUCGCCGUGGCCUGCAAAACAUAGUGAAAGAUAUCCGUGGGGGACUUUUGUGAAUUCUGCAAGGGUGAUGGGGUCUCCGAUGUUUGAUACGUUCCAUAAUGAUGAAGAAGCUAUAACUAGGUGCUUGAAAUAUUUAGAUGUCCCGGCUGAGAGCUGUGAUAUCCCACCUUAUUAUGAUCUUCCUUAA